AUGGCCAUUGAACACGAUAAGGUGCUUGUCCCGCCGAAGCGGGCCCGCACUGACUAUCCGCUGAUUGAUGCCGACCCGCACUUGAGACGAGUAUUCGGAUACGCCAGGCCCUCUGACUAUGCCGUGGCCGGAGGUGCGGCUGCCCUUUCGCCUCUCGCUUUCUGGGUUAUGGAAAGAGUCAGCCCUUCCCAUGUCGGCAAGGGUGGUUUCCCUCCUCUGAUGCGCCUGGCAACGGCCAUUGGUGUCGUUGGCGGCUUGCACAUCUUUUACCAGCGAUCCUGCAAUCGCUUCUACGGCUUCACUGAGAACUCUCGCGAGGUGGAAAUGGAUAUGAGAGAAAUGGUUGAUAAAGUUAAGAAGGGAGAGCCUCUCUAUGGCACAUCCCAGCUCUCGCCUUAUCUCCAGGGCGUUGCUGCCAGAAACUCUCGGUAUUCGGAGCUGUUUUCCCACGUUAUUCCGUGGUUCAACAUUCACGGUGUUGACACGGCCAAGUACUACCAGCAAGCUGAGCGGGAACUGGAGAACGAGCGAUUGGCCAAGGCGGGCUCUUCAUGA